CGACCAUCAACCACAAAACCACUCCUUACCUUUUCCCGUACGCUUCAACCUCUCCCGGACUUCUUUAAUACGUUUUUAUUUACUUUCCGAGUCGCCUUCCACAUACCUUCCAUCUCACAUCCUAAAUCCAGACCCAUUAUGGCAAACGGCGCCGACCUCCGGACCCUCGUCUCAGAGCUUCACAACGCUCUCAACCGGAAACAAUUUGAUGCUGCCAACGAUCUCCUUAGUCGCGCAAAGCGGACCCUCUUACUGCAGAAUGCCCUCAUCCCGACAUCUUCAACAUCGCCUGAGCUGAUUGCCGUUGCCCGGGAGGUGCUGGAGCUCGGCGCUCUGUCCUCCAUCCGGCAAACCGACGCACCCUCUUUCACACGAUACUACCAGCAGUUGCAGCCUUUCUACGAUCUGGAGAGAGAUAGCGCCAACGCAGGAAAGGUAGACUUCAAGACCAGCCAACGGAGCAAGAUCACGGGGCUGCACCUCCUCCUGUUGCUGAGCAUGGGCGACAGCACUAGUUUCCACACCGUCUUGGAGGGUCUCGUCGAGGAGGCGAGUUUGAAGGGAAAGAGGAUUGAGGAUGACCCAUGCAUUAAGUACCCGGUUGAGCUGGAGAGAAACUUGAUGGAGGGAAGCUAUGAUAAGGUGUGGAGAGAGACUAAGUCGGAGAGAGUGCCUUCAGAGGAUUUCGGCUUAUUCUCGAAUGUCCUGGUUGGAACCAUCCGUAGUGAAAUCGCCGACUGCUCCGAAAAGGCGUACCCCUCGCUCCCCAUCUCCAACGCCAAGAACCUUCUGUUCCUCGAGUCGGAGGGAGCGGUCAUUGAGUUCGCCCAGCAGCGCGGAUGGGUGCUUCGUGAUGGACGGAUAUACUUCCCUGUUGAGCCGGAGGCCGCCGCACGGUCCGAGAAGGAUAUUCUGGUGGCCAGCACCGCAAUCAUCGAGAACGCGAUUGGUUACGCUCGCGAACUAGAGACGAUUGUUUAAUUUAAUAGAUCUAGUCACGGUAUUUUUUUUUUUUUUUUCCCUUUGCCUUUUCGUCUGGGUUCCGGGGGGUUUUUAUAUCUUGUA